UGAAUGAGUCACAUGACAGAACUGGAGGCAGAGAUCUAGAGAAAAGGCACAGCAUUUCGGCUUGCACCGCCAUACUGUAUUUUGAGCCAUAUCACAUUUUUAUUGCAACAUUUUACUCCCGCUCGGAGGGCAACUGGAGGAGAAUGACUGGUAAACUCCAGACCAGCAACGUGACCAACAAGAAUGACCCACGCUCCCUAAACUCCAGAGUCUUUAUCGGCAACCUCAACACAGCCAUCGUCAAGAAGACCGACAUAGAGGUCAUCUUCGCCAAGUACGGCAAGAUAGUGGGUUGCUCUGUGCACAAAGGUUACGCCUUCGUACAGUAUUUAAACGAGAGGAACGCCCGAGCAGCUGUGGCGGGAGAAAACGCCCGUAUCAUCGCUGGACAGCCUCUUGCCCUGAUGCACAUUCACCUGUCAAAGCAGACCACAGAGACAUUUGACCCAAAGCCUGCUGUUGACCUGUGGAUGGAGACAGCUAAUCGAAGGCUCAAUCAAGGACAGAGAGGUGCAUCUUCAUCAUCUACCAUGCAGGAAGCUGACGCAGAGGACAGUGGGGGUGACAAUGAGGAGGACCGUGGGGGCGACACUGAGGAGGACAGUGAGGAAGACUGCACUUAUUAA